GCUCUCUCUUCUCUUAAAUUAAAUCUGCUCCCACCGCAACCCACACUUUGCAGAAACCCCAUCUUCAAUGGCGUCCAUUCUGACAUUGUUUCUAUGGCUUCUAUCUCUUUCCCUUUCUUCUGCUAAAUCGACUGUCCAUCAAACUACUUACAUAAUCAGAGUUAAACAUGACGCCAAGCCUUCCAUAUUCCCUACUCACAAGCUCUGGUACGAAUCCUCUCUCUCUUCUCUUACCCCAAAUGCCCCUAGAACCACCACCACUAGUACUCGUAUACUCCACACAUACGACACUGUUUUCCAUGGCUUCUCCGUAAGGCUGUCGCAGACUGAGGUUUUGAUUCUGCAGACACUCCCUCAUAUUAUUGCGGUUAUUCCAGAACGGGUUCGGCGCGUGCAUACCACGCGUUCGCCUCAGUUUCUUGGACUUAAGACCACCGACAGUGCUGGCCUACUCAAGGAGUCUGACUUCGGGUCCGAUCUUGUUAUUGGGGUUAUUGACACCGGAAUCUGGCCUGAGCGUGAGAGCUUCAAGGACCACGAUCUCGGACCGGUGCCGUCGAAGUGGAAGGGGCAGUGCGUGACUACCUCGGAUUUCCUGGCUACGAGCUGUAACAAAAAAUUGAUCGGUGCGAGGUUCUUCAGUAGUGGAUAUGAAGCCACGAAUGGGAAGAUGAAUGUAUCCAAAGAGUACCCGUCUCCGCGGGACUCCGAUGGUCAUGGGACCCACACGGCGUCGAUUGCUGCUGGUAGGUAUGUUUUCCCUGCGUCAACCCUGGGAUACGCUCGUGGCGUGGCGGCCGGAAUGGCGCCGAAGGCUCGACUCGCUGCCUACAAAGUGUGCUGGAAUGCCGGCUGCUACGACUCCGACAUUCUCGCCGCAUUCGACGCUGCCGUCGCUGAUGGAGCUGAUGUCAUUUCUCUCAGUGUUGGUGGUGUUGUGGUGCCGUAUCAUCUGGACUCGAUUGCAAUUGGGGCGUUCGGAGCAAUGGAGAACGGCGUUUUUGUUUCGGCUUCGGCUGGGAAUGGUGGUCCUGGUGGACUAACAGUGACCAAUGUUGCGCCGUGGGUCACUACUGUUGGUGCUGGAACCAUCGAUAGAGACUUUCCUGCUGAUAUGAAACUUGGAAAUGGUAAAACCAUAUCUGGGGUUGGUUUUUAUGGUGAGCCGGGUCUGUCCCCUGGUCGGAUGUAUCCGGUAGUGUAUGCUGGUAGUGAGGGUGGAGGAGAUGGGUAUUCCUCUUCUUUGUGCCUUGAAGGUUCAUUGGACCCCAAAUUCGUUAAAGAUAAGAUUGUAUUGUGCGAUAGAGGAAUCAAUUCUAGGGCUCAAAAAGGUGAGGUGGUGAAGAAAGCUGGAGGUGUAGGGAUGAUUCUAGCAAAUGGAGUCUUUGAUGGUGAAGGAUUGGUUGCAGAUUGCCAUGUCUUGCCUGCCACAUCAGUUGGUGCCUCUGGUGGUGAUGAGAUUAGGAAAUAUAUUUCAGCAGCAUCAAAAUCACGAUCACCACCAACAGCAACCAUAGUUUUCAAGGGGACUAAACUUGGAGUUAAGCCAGCACCAGUCGUGGCAUCAUUCUCUGCCAGGGGUCCGAACCCGGAAACACCAGAGAUUUUGAAACCUGAUGUGAUUGCACCUGGAUUGAAUAUCCUUGCAGCUUGGCCUGAUAAAAUUGGGCCAUCUGGGAUUGCAUCAGAUAAGCGAAGAACUGAGUUUAACAUCCUUUCGGGUACUUCAAUGGCUUGCCCGCACGUUUCAGGGCUCGCAGCAUUAUUAAAGGCAGCUCACCCUGACUGGAGUCCUGCUGCAAUAAGGUCAGCAUUGAUGACAACGGCUUAUACAGUUGAUAAUCGUGGCGAAACAAUGCUUGAUGAGUCUACUGGUAACACAUCCUCAUUGUUAGAUUUUGGGGCUGGUCAUGUUCACCCAACAAAGGCCUUGGAUCCUGGGUUAAUCUAUGAUAUAAGAGAGUUUGAUUAUGUUGACUUCUUAUGCAAUUCGAAUUAUACCAUGAACAACAUUCAGGCGAUCACAAGGAAAAAUGCAGACUGUAGUGGAGCAAGAAGGGCUGGUCAUGUGGGUAAUCUGAAUUACCCUUCACUGUCUGUUGUGUUUCAACAAUAUGGCAAGCAUAAGUUGUCUACGCAUUUUAUUCGAUCGGUGACUAAUGUUGGUGGAGCAAAUUCUGUGUACAAAGUUACAGUAAGACCACCUAGCGGGACAACGGUGACAGUGCAGCCGGAAAAGCUUGUGUUUAGGAGGAUUGGUCAAAAACUGAACUUCCUUGUUAGGGUGCAAACUGAAGCAGUUAAGCUCUCUCCAGGGAGCUCUAAUGUAAAGAGUGGUUCAAUAGUCUGGUCAGAUGGGAAGCAUAUUGUUACUAGUCCCUUGCUAGUGACAAUGCAGCAACCUCUGUAGUUUGGUUUUCCCCUUGUUGGGAGGUUUUGGGUUGUAGAAUAUUUGCUCUCUUCUUUUUAGAAUUGUGAAAGAAUGCCUUACCUUCCUAAGUAUAGUGGAAAUGUUUGGCCGUUGAUCUACAUAUAAAGAAGCAGCUGAUGGUGGAGUAUGUUUGUAAUGGGCAAGGAAGACGAUGUAAGAUUUUCCAUGUACUCUAUGGUGUUGUAAAAUUAAGGUUGAAGUAUGUAGAAAUGCAAUGUGUUGAGAAGAAGCCAAGCAUAAUGAAAGAUUCUCUCUUUCCUUUUACAUGUUA